UUUGUUGGUCACACGUGUGUUGGCUUUAAAUGCUUUUGAAUUUUAAUAUUAAAUGUGAUUUAGAUAUUGUCGUCAAUUAAGUGAUCAAUCAAUUAAUUAUUAGUCCUAAUAAUGGCUAAGAAAAAAAAUAAAGAGAAAGACUUCCAGAAGAAAAAAUUAAAAGUCGGACGAAGAUUAUUGGGACCACAGAAUGAUACGAAAACUGAGUUCAAGUCCAAGAAGAUUAUCAUCAAAGAGAUGGAGUCGAGAACUAAAGAUCCAAUUAAGACAUUGACUAACAGUUAUGGCAUUAAUAGUCAAAUAAAGAUAAUGUGUUUAAGUAGUCUUAAUAAUUGGAUUAACUCGACAAACAUUAAUACCAAAUGUGGAGAAGUUGUUAACGUUGUCUGUAAAUACAUGAAUGAUUGCGACCAAAGAGUCAGAAACGAGUGCAUCAAAUGUCUUAAACAUUGUAUUUCAUUAUUAAAUACUAAAACAAAUGGCGAGAAACAGAGUAUAUCACCACUGAUGCCAAUUAUCCUCACUUACAUCAACUGUGGUCUCACUCAUAUCGACUCUCAUAUCAGUGGCGAUGCACUCAAGUUGUUAUCAUAUUUGAUGGACUUUUGUGAUAAUUCAUUGUUCAAUCAAUUGAUGCAAACUAUUAAAAGCAAAAUCAGUAAUAAAUCAAAUUUAGAUCCAAAUGUUUUAGAGAUUUGUUAUAAAUUGGUUUCAUUAAUGAAUAAAAAUGAUCGAAAUUCAACACUAAUGGUACAUAAAGAGCCACUUGUAAUCAAGUGGUCGACCGAUAAUUAUCACUGCGAUCUUCGGUCAUUUACCGUAAGUCAUAAGUUACCACCGAUUGAGAUUGAUCUCAGCUUUCAAAGUAGUACUUCUCAUGAUAUAAGCGACUCUUUCUUGAGUUUACUUAAAGAUAUCAUUAAAAAUGAGAUAAAAGGAUUGUUGCCACGAAGUGACACUAAUUUAACAUUAUCUAUAAGCGAUGCCAGAAAAGCUAUAUAUUGUAUGAAAAUGUUUUCAUUAAUGGAUUUUACAAUUGAUUUAAAUGAAGAACUGCCAACUUUUAAUAUAACUGCUAUUAACGUAAAUAAAAAAAGUAAUCAAAAACAACAACAAUUAAUAAAUCAUUUAACUAUUGAACUCAACGCUUCAAUCAAUCAAUUUUAUAAUAAAAGAAAAAGUAAAUAAAGAUAUAAAUUAAAAAUUUUAUUAAAAUAAC